CCUUCCCUGCCAAAGGCUUUGAAAACAUUCACUUCCCUCUGGCAUUUUCCUACAGGCAGAUCUCCCCCUGGAGGGUCCUGCUCCUGACUGGGCUGGUCCUUGCACGCACAGUCCAGGGGAGAAACCACGGCACCCUGCACCUUGACCAGGCAUCAGAGCCCCAGCACCGACACCAGCCAGCCCACGGGACGUGGACACACUGGGGCAGCUGGAGUGCCUGUUCCAGUACCUGCGGGGAUGGCGUCUCCUUCCGGACCCGGAGGUGCAUCCGGUUCCCUGAGGAAGAGCCCUGCAGAGCGGAGCGCAGGCAGUACCGCGUCUGUGAGUUGAAAGCCUGCCCAGCUGGCACCGUCCCCUUCCGGGCAAUGCAGUGCGCUCUCUACAACAGCAAACCCAUCUUGGGGGGACAGACGCGGUACCAGUGGGUUCCCUUCCACGGAGCUGCCAACCUCUGUGACCUUAACUGCCUAGCAGUGGGGCACAAUUUUUACUACACCUUUGGCCGAGUCUUGGACGGAACCCCCUGCAGCCCAGCUUUGCCAGAUCUCUGCAUCAGUGGCCGGUGCUUGAGAGCCGGUUGUGAUGGAAUCCUCGGCUCCGAUGCGCUGGCCGACGCCUGCGGCGUUUGUGCGGGCAGGAAUGAGUCCUGCAUCUUCGUCCAGGAAGCCUUCUGGGCGGCGUUUCCCACCUCCGGUGAUAGUGGAGCUGACAAAUGCACACCAGGAACUAAAGGGCUACUUUUGAAUGAGGGGGCUAAAGUGUACGCCAGCAAGUAUGAAGUGGGACGUUGGGGGUCUGUGCCUGGAAGCAGGAAGCCCUCGCUGGUGAGAAUGGCGGGUCAUGCUCUAGUGAACUGUGAGCCCAAAGGCGCUCUGCUCAGCACCGGCAACGCAGUUUCCGAACACAGAACUGCCGAUCUUCCGGAAGACUCUGCUGACCCCAGCCAGGACAGUGGAGUAGCAGUAUGUGCCCUGAUGAAUGCAGACCAGCACUACGUCCUCAACGGGGAGUGGGCCAUUGACCAGCCAGGCGCAUACGAGGUGGCGGGCACCAAAUGGCACUACACUCGCACGGGCAGUGUGCAUGAGACCCUUGAGGCGGCUGGACCCACAAGCGAGGACUUGUUUCUCAUGGUCCUCUUUCAGGAGGAGAACCUCGGCAUAGAUUACCAGUUCUGGGUGCCAAGGGACCGCGCACAAGAGGGAGCCCAUGCUCUGCGCCAGCCCCAGGCCAGAGAGGUGGAGGCGCAUCACCCAGAAGAGCUUGCAGAUUUCCCCGAAGCCACCACAGCAACGCACCGCUUCGCAAAGGCCCAGGAGGUAGCCAAGGAGGGGUCGCAGAAGGAGGUCACCCCAGCACCGCUGAGGACCUCUACAGCGCCAGGUAGCUCUGGGGCAGCAGCAGCAGCAGCAGCAGGACCCUGCGGGAAGUGCGACCUGCCGAGGGGGAAAUCGCAGCGCCUGCAGCACUACUGCACCAGCGACUUCGAUAGCGUUCAGUCCUAUUUGCAUUUUGGGAAGGGUAUUGGAAAAGCGGGACCUAUCCAGAGGAGAGCAAACAAGGUGACACGGGACCUGGAGAGGAAAAACGAUGAGGAACAGUUGGGGAUGUUGGGGCCAAUGUUGACAGAACUGGGAGGCUCAGACGUGACCUCCAUGGAGUCUGAACUUGCCCCUGCCCUAAAGCUCUCUUUGGAAAGGAGGCGACAACCCUGA